AUGGGAGAAUUGAAUUUCUUCCUCGGGUUGCAAAUCAAACAGAGGAAGAAUGGGAUCUUCAUAUCUCAAACAAAGUAUCUUAGAGAACUUCUAAAGAAAUAUGGUUUGGAGCAAGCCAAGAGUACAAAUACACCUAUGAGCUCAACUAUAUCAUUGGACGUGGACGAGAAUGGCAAGGAUGUGAACUUGACUAAAUAUAGAGGGAUGAUUGGAUCACUACUCUACCUCACAGCAAGCAGACCAGACAUUCAGUUUAGCGUAGGAAUGUGUGCCAGAGAUCAUUUAGCUCCCAAGCAAUCAUAUGAAGAAGCCGUCAAGAGAAUCCUCAGAUAUCUUGUCGGUACACAAAGUUUGGGAAUCUAG